AUGACCCCCACACCUCCGUCUGCUGCGACAUCAUCCUCGGGCCAUUCGCCCGAGGAGCAGUUUAGGGUGGUUCGUCGUCGAAAUAGGGUGCCGCUCAGUUGCUAUCCAUGCCGUACAAGAAAGUUGAAAUGUAACAGGGGAACUCCGAGCUGCGAGAAUUGCGUAAAGAGAGGUGACACACAGUCAUGCGUUUAUGCUACUCCAUCAAGCCGGAGGAAAAAUCAAAGUAGUGCUGGAGCUUCUUCGACUCCUGAUGAUAUGCAGAACCGUAUUGACCGUCUAGAAGGUUUAGUCCUAAGUUUGAUGCAUGGCGGCGCCAAUAUCGACGUUUCUACCGCUUCAGCUACCGCGCCUGCAGCUCCAUCCAACACUGAUAGCUCUUCACCUCACAUCGAACGAGAAGAUGAGGGUGCUAUGAGAGAUGAAGUCGAACCCGAUGAUGGCGACAGCGAUGUAGACGAUGGGCUAGCCACCUCCUUAGGUGUGCUUAAAGUCGACGCGGACAAAGGGAAGUCAAUGUACAUCGGACAGGAACAUUGGCAUGUUCUCCUAGCCGACAUUGCUGAAGUGAAGAACUUCUACUCGUCUCAUAAGAAAGAGCUCGAGAACAGCUAUCAAAGAGUUAUGUCCUCAAAACCAGCAACUGCACGAGACUCGCCUAUUUUUCUGUUGUCUGCUCCGCCAGCCACCGAAGUCGAAUUAAGAGCAGAACUCCCUUCGAGGACAGCAAUAAUGACUUUGAUCUCAAGGUAUUUCAAUUCUUUGGAUACUGCAGCUAGUAUAGUCCAUGGGCCUACGUUUCAGCAGCAACUACGAAGUCAUUGGCAAGAUCCGUCCAAGUCAACUAUCAUGUGGAUAGGUCUCCUCUAUGCUAUGUUAUGUCUUGCAAUGCUUAGUUAUCACAAGGUAGGGGACGAGCCUCCAGAGUGGAAAGGUAGGUCAUUGGAACUUGCAGCAGAAUACCGAUUACGAACGGUACAAUGCUUGGUAGUAGCGGAUUAUACCAAGCCAGUCGAGUACACAGUGGAAACGCUCCUCCUUUAUUUAUUUGGCGAGUAUUCUUCCCGUUGGGACGCGGAUCUUUCACUUUGGAUUAUCACAGGUAUCAUCACAAGGUUAGCUUUUCGGAUGGGUUAUCAUCGAGAUGCAGACUGGUUCCCUUCAGUUACACCAUUUCAAGGAGAAAUGCGGCGUCGAACAUGGGCUUUACUUCGUAUGGCGGACAUCGUGUUCUCGUAUCAAGUUUCUCUACCUACGAUGAUCUAUGAGCACGAUACCGACACGAAGCUCCCCCACAACAUAUUUGACGAAGAAUUCGGGCCUAACUCUAAAACUCUUCCGACAUCUAGGCCCAUGUCAGAACCAAGUCCGAUUGCUUAUAUGAUCGGUAAGACCAAACUAUGUAUUGAGUUUGGAAGUAUCCUCCAAGCCGUCACACGAGUGGGCAAGCAAGUCAGCUACGACGAGAUCCUACUUCAUGAUCGAAGACUCCGUGAAAUCAUGGAGGAGUUUCCACCACAUCUAAAAAUUCGUUCAUUAGAGGGGUCUCACGAUCCGGUAACACUCAUUAUCGCGAGGUUCAACUUAGACAUCCUGUACCAGAAGGUUAUGUGCAUGUUACACAGGAAGCACAUGAUGCGUGCUCGACAACAUCCACGAUAUGCCCACUCCCGCCGUAGCGCGAUUGAGGCCUCGUUGCAAAUUUUGAAGCAUUUAAGAACGAUAUAUCGCGAAUGCCAACCAAACGGCCGCCUUCGCUCUAUGAAAUGGUAUAUCUCGGCCACAUCGAAAGACACCUUACUUCCUACUAUGCUGGUUGUUCUCGAUCUCCAUCAUGACCAUGGCCCGCAUAGCAAACGCCAGGGCUGUCAGGCCGGGGUUUUCUGGACACCCGAGCAACGACAGGAAAUGCUCGCUUCUCUUGAAGAGGUCUCGGAGAUUUGGAAGUCUUUGUCACACGAAUCAGUAGAAGCUUACAAGGCUGCAAAUAUUCUUGAGAUCAUGUUAGGGAAGCUCAAGAAUCCAGAUACAGGUCCGGCCGGCGCAGGAGGAUCAUCAGUACCACCGGAAAGCCUCUUUUCCUUCGGUGCUGAAAUGCUACCCGAGCAUUCUGCUGCUAUGACACUCGGUAUGCUCUCCGGAGGCGUGACGUCCGGUAUCCAGUCCCCUGGUGGAACCACUUACCCGAAUAUCGAUCUUGGUCUCGGGACAGGAACGGGGACUGGGCUUACGCCCGAAUUCCAGCCUGAUACUGGUGGCAUUGUCAAUAAUGCUGCAUCGCCAUUCUCCAUGUUCACUACUAUAGGCGGAGGAGGCAAUAUGGCUAUCGAUAAUAAUAACUUCGACUGGGACGCCUUUGAGAACUAUGCGCAGACUGCAACUUGGGGACCAGACCAAUCUUCAUUCCAGUUCUUCGCGGGGAAUCCCGACCAGCAAUCCCAGCAAGAAUCCUCAGAUGGUUCUUUCACCUUCCUGAACCCAAGCACGCCCGGCUCAUAG